AUGACAAAUCUUGCAAAACUUGAAUUUAUGGCUUUAGAUAUUACUGGGAAAAACUAUUUGUCAUGGGUAUUGGAUGCUGAAAUACAUUUGAAUGCCAAUAAUCUGGGUGAAACAAUUAAAGAAGGAAAUAAAGCAAGUACCCAAGAUAAGGCAAAAGCCAUGAUCUUUUUACGUCAUCAUAUUCAUGAGGCUUUGAAAAGUGAGUAUCUCACUAUCAAGGAUCCACUUGUCCUUUGGACCAACCUGAAAGAAAGGUAUGACCACCAGAAAACGGUAAUAUUACCGAGAGCUCGUUACGAGUGGAUCAAUUUAAGGUUGCAAGACUUUAAGUCUAUAAGCGAGUACAACUCGGCAAUGUUUAGAAUCACAUCACAAUUGAUUCUAUGUGGUGAAAAUAUUACUGAUAAAGAAAUGUUGGAAAAAACAUUCUUAACCUUUCACCCCUCAAAUGUGAUACUACAACAACAAUAUCGUGAAAGGGGUUUCACCAAAUAUAGUGAAUUAAUAUCAUGUUUGCUUGUGGCCGAGCAAAACAAUGAGCUCUUAAUGAAAAAUCAUGAGACUCGUCCGGUUGGAGCAACCCCAAUCCCUGAAGCUAAUGUGGCAACAUAUAAUGGCCAAAGUGAAAGUUACGGACGUGAUCGAGGUUAUCAUCAUGGUUGUGUGUAA